UCUCCAUUGAAGUUAUUUGCUCAUAGACUGAAUCCGAUUAUACGAUCAGCCAUUAUCAAAAUGUAUUGAACUUUUAAUCGAUUAAUUAUAAUUGAUUAAUUGCUUUAGCUAGAUACGCACCCCUAUGAAAAAUAGAAAAAAAGUCAACAGCUCAAAAAGACCAUAAACAAUUUGCUUUUCCGUAGUUUGUUGCACGUAAUCUUUAUUUACAAUUUCACAAACAUAUUUCAGUGAUUUUAGUCGUUAGUGAUAUUGUAAUUGAAUUAUGUAAGCGCUCUGUGUGAAGUGUGUGGCAGCGACCCCAUUGUUGUGGACUCGACUUAUCAGUGAAAGGUCAACAAAAAAUGUUGUGGGGGUAAUUUGGGAAUCCUGAGGGGCAAAAUAUCACAACAAUGGUUCCUGCACCGAGUUGUCCGUAUACGUGGGACUAUUGGACGUCCUCGCCGUCCGAUAGCGUGGAUUUGACGUGCCUGCUGCCGAACUCUAUUUACAUUCCUCUGAGAGUGAGCUGGGACGCGACCCUGCACGAUGUCAAGGAGGACUUAUGGGACCGAGCAGGGAGCUAUCCCCUCUUCGGGAUGCUCCACGAAAUGUCCGGCUAUGUAUUCCAAUUCGUCAAUUCACUUGCCGCACCAGAAGAGGUGGAUGAUGAAAACAAACGCCUGCGGGACAUAAAGCCAGUAUGUGGUGUGUUGAUGAUCAUAGAACGGUCAGUCAAGGUCCCAGGGGAACACUUGCUGAACACACAAAUAAGUCACUUAAUUGGAAAAGGUUUAAAUGAAUUUGAUAGUCUAAGAAGUUUGGAAGUGAAUGACUUUCGUAAACAAAUGAGGAGUCUAGCUGAAGAGAGUCUGAUGAAGAGAAUGCAAAGCACAUGGCUGGAAAGACUCCGUUACCAGUGCCCACCGAGGCUAGCAGAACAGCCCGUACCAGUUACAUUGAAGAGCCACCUAAAUAAGAACUGCUUCAUACUUGUAACCAAAUUCGCCAACUCUGAGUUCUCAUCGUCCUUAUGCGUGCCUAUAACUAGGACGCCAGCACAGCACAUCGAAAUAAUCCUUCGAAGACAGGCCAACUCCUUAAAUAUGCGCAGUGAACCCGCAACCAACUAUGUGCUCAAAGUGUGUGGUCGCGAAGAAUAUCUUUUCGGAGACUACCCCCUCAUACAGUUCCAGUAUAUCCAGGAGAUGCUUUCCAGAGACCUCGUGCCACAGGUCAUGACUGUCAGCAUGGAUAAACUACAGUUUCUGACUGACUCCCAAGACUACUUUAUACCGGAGCGACCGAGGCUGACGUCCGAACACUCGAGCACGAUGCGCCGGCGCACCAAGUACGUCAUGUCGUGGAAUCUGGAGAAGAAUUACUCGUGUAACGUGCUGUCCGUCGGGGGACUCAACGUCGACCCCGGACGGGUUGUGGAGGUAAUAUGCCAAGCGGGCAUAUUCCACGGCGGCAAAGCAUUAUGCGAGGCGCAAAAGACUCGCGCAGCACCUGUAUCCAAAGAAGGAGUGGCUCAAUGGGACCAGAAACUGAAGUUCCCCAUCAUGGUACACAACCUGCCGAGGAUGGCGAGACUCUGCUUUGGGAUAUACGAAAUCAUAAAAGUCAAAAGCAAGAAACGCGGGAAAGACUCUAGUAAGGAUUCUGUAAACAAGCUAGCAUGGGCCAACACCAUGAUAUUCGACUACAAAGACCAGCUGCGCACAGAUGGGCUGACGCUGUUUAUGUCAACCCACGUGGCAGACGAGACUCAAGGCGACGAUCAACUUCUACACCCGUUAGGAACAGUGCUCUCCAGCCCUAAUACCGACUCCUGCGCAGCGCUGCAAGUUCGCUUCUGCAACUACGAUUGCCAAGACCCGAUUCUAUUCCCAAAGCAAGAGGAGGUACGUGGGUAUGCCGAGCACAUUGAGAGCGGAUCUCCAGACGUCAUGGCCCGACUGGGGAGGGACUUUGAAAAGCUAAGGGCAACUGCUGAAAGGGACCCCAUGUAUGAAAUGCACGAACAGGACAAGAAGAAUAUGUGGGCGCUAAGAAAUCACUUCCGAACUGAAGCCCCGGAACUUCUGCCGCGAUUGCUCUCUUGUGUGGAGUGGGGAGACAGGGCAGAAGCGGCCAGCGUGUCUCGCAUGCUGAUGGACUGGCCCACUCUCCCCUUGGCCUCGGCGUUAGAACUACUGGACUAUGCGUACGCCGACGCCGCUGUGAGAAGCUUCGCCGUCAAGUGCUUGGAGGAGAUCUCUGACGAGGACCUGCUGCUAUACCUGCUACAGCUGGUGCAAGCCCUGAAGCACGAGUGUUACCUGAUGUGCGACCUGUCUGUGUUCCUUCUGCAGAGAGCCUUCAAGAACAUGAUCAUUGGGCACUACCUCUUCUGGCAUUUACGUUCCGAGAUGCACAUGCCAUCUGUGUCGGUGCGCUUCGGGCUGAUGCUGGAAGCGUACUGCCGCGGCUGCCAGGACCACAUCAACAGCCUCAUGAAGCAGAUCAACUGCCUCGAGAAACUCAAGUGGGCGAGCCAGUGCAUCCGCAAGAGGAGAGAGAUAUCAAGAGCGCGCACAGCGCUACAGCAACACCUACAAGAGCCGCACUGCGUGGAAAUGCUGGCCGACUUCGUGUCGCCGCUCAACCCUAGCUUCGUCUGCAGGAGGAUCAAGCCCGAAAGGUGUCGCGUGAUGGACAGCAAGAUGCGGCCUCUGAUGGUAGACUUUGAGAAUGUAGACCCUAACGGGUCGGACAUAAGGAUCAUCCUCAAGAUCGGCGACGACCUCCGUCAGGAUAUGUUCACGCUGCAAAUGUUGAGGAUCAUGGACCGCCUGUGGAAGAGCCAUGGAUAUGACUUUAGACUGAGCCCGUACAACUGCAUCUCAAUGGAGAACGAGGUGGGCAUGAUCGAAGUGGUGGAAGACGCGGAGACCGUGGCCAACAUUCAGAAGCAGAGCGCGCUGUUUAACGCCGCCUCCACCAUAUACCGAGCUACGCUGUUACAAUGGCUAAAGAAGCAGACAGAAGACGACGGCGGCAAGCAGAACGAAGUGGCGUUCAACAAAGCCGUGGAUGAAUUCACCAUGAGCUGCGCCGGUUACUGCGUUGCCACCUACGUACUGGGCAUCGCUGACAGGCAUCCGGACAAUAUUAUGGUCAAGAAGAGUGGACAGCUAUUCCACAUAGACUUCGGCCACUUCCUCGGCCACUUCAAGCAGAAGUACGGGUUCAAGCGCGAGCGCGUGCCCUUCGUCCUGACGCACGACUUCAUCCACGUCAUCAACAAGGGCCAGCGCGGCUCCGGCGACAACGAGCCCAUCGACUUCAAGAUCUUCCGCGAGCACUGCGAGACGGCGUUCAAGAUCCUCCGCAAGAACGGGCACCUGAUCCUGUCGCUGUUCUCCAUGAUGAUCUCCACCGGUUUGCGCGAGCUGUCUUCAGAGAAGGACCUGCAGUACUUGCGCGAGACACUCGUAAUGGACCUCUCCGAAGAGAAAGCGAUGGAGCACUUCCGUUCAAAGUUCAGCGAGGCCGUCAAGAACUCCUGGACAACAUCCAUCAACUGGGCCUUCCACAACUUCGAGAGGAACAACUGACAGCGACCCGUCGGCAGGCGCCUCAAGCGGCAACUGCCAAAGCACGCGCCCCAGACGCUGUGAGCCUUCCGUCUGGGCAACAAGGUCGAGUUUUCAACGAUUAUUAAUUUAUUAUGCAGGAUUAAGACUUGACCACAUUAGAUGAGCGGUAAGGUUGAAAAUAGAAUACAUUUUAGUUGAGAUGCGCUGGCUUUGCGCUUCUUAUAGAGUUUAUUAGCACUUAAUAAUAUCCGUUUAGUUCAAUUUACUCACACCAGAAUCAAGCGAUAAAAAUGCGUUAAAAGGAGAGACGCUUGAAAUUGAGAGUUUCUGUGCUCUGUUCUAUCAAAUCAGGCGCUCACUAGUGUGGUCUUAGCCUAUUACAAAACUAGAAAUGCUAACGAAUUUGAUGAUAUUAGUAAAUAACCGAGCGAUUCCGAGAUAACGUUGUGACAAUUGUCUACUGCUACUUUUUGUUGAAGCUCGAUUUCGUUUAUGUCUUUGGCCUGUAUUAUGAAAUACGCCCAAAGAUUUAAGGAAGCUAUUUCUCAAUACGAGUCUAAAUAUUUGUCAUAUGAAAUAACACUAAUAGACACAUUUCUAAUCAAUUCGAUAGCAUUUCGUAGUUCACAAAUAUUCUAUAAUUCGCAAAUAUAAGUUAAACGUACAGCUUUUAAUCGGCUUAACGAAUAAAAAGCAUAUACUAACUAAAAUUGAUCGUAUGCUUAUCGAUGACUCGUUAUCAUAAUAGGCUGUUAUUUUCGGGGCGAUCGAAAAGAAUCGGAAUACGUAUGAAAUGAAUUUAAAGCGAAAUCGAUUAUGCCGCGGUGAAUGUUAUAUUGAAACCCGUCAAACUGCAUUUGAUGGUAAUCCUAUUGCUCACUGCCUUCCAUGCUUUAACCGCAUUUGAAUACGACCCUCGUAAGCGCAACUUUGCAUCUAAUAACACCAGAAUGCGUAGGUAUGUCUGAAGCAUUAGAGUCCAUAUUUGCAUUUUGAAUCUUAUUUGUGCAAAUUUCUAAUGUUUCAAAAUACGCCACUAAGAUAUUAACGCUUGCGAUGGUCAAUCCAUAGCAAGACAAUGUUAUAAAGACAUUAGCCAUAAUAAACUAUUUAAAAACAGAUUCGUUCCUAUAAAAACUAGCCAUGAACUAUAAAUACAUGUUACUUAUUCAGUAAAACUCGUCAUAAUCGUAAUCUAUGGACCCGGUGUGAUGAUUUAUGAUAUCUACUUUUUUCUCUUUCAUUCAUAUUGGUAUUCCAAAUUGAGUGAGAGAGAAAGAAUCGAUUUUUUUAAAUCGUUUUUCGUAAUAGCGCCUCAGACACUGCGUCCAUUUUGAAACAGGAUACACUAGAUGUCGUAGUAUCAAUUAAUCAAAUGGGGUGUUGAAAUUGAAGAGGCUAGCGGUUACAGCGGGGGUAAGAAUGUGACGUGGUUGUCCUAAGACUGAUAGUUUACGUUACGCUUGCGCGGGCGCAUCGAGUCGUCACCGCGGCUUGUCUUAGAUAGGUAAAUAGUGCUGUGCUGAAAACAUUGUCUGAACUUGUUUGAAAUUUGACAAGUAUGUGUCCCAACUCAACACUAGUAUCGGAUAUACAAAGAUAACUCAAAUCUAGGAACAGUCUUCGUUAUAAAAGAUAAUCAAAAUAGAUUUGGAGAAUGAUUUCAACUAGCACAUUUGGUUUCAAUACCAUAGCCUCGCGAACGCUAGAGGAACUAAAAUCAACAACACCAACAAUGUCAACUACACGAAUUGGUCAUUGAUUUUAGUUCCUCACAGAUCCAAUUCAUUGGACGCGCUGUAGGCUCAUUCGUUGUUUCCCGAAUGAUUUCAGGAGCUCCCGUUCGUUCACUCAUUCGGUAGCAUAAAGUGAGUGAAUGAGAGCUAUGACAUUCGCGAUCGUUCGAAAAAACAAGGCUACUAUAACAGCCUCUUCAUUUGAUACAACAAUUUAUUCGUUAUAAGGUAGCGGUUUUGUAUCACAUACAGCGAUUUAGUAUGAAAACGUAACGCUAGUAUUAGUUCUCGAUUCAUGUUCGUUCGUUUGUGUACGUGUGACGAAAUAUUCCACGUGUGUUGAUACAUUGUGGUAGUUUUAUAAAUUGCGACGUAUCAAUUAGAUAACUAACAGUAGAACAUGAGGUCAUUGUUAACUAAUACAUUAAUUCGAAAAUCGUAAAUAACCUAAGCAUAUAACGGCCAAUCGUAUUAACUUAUUGGACCAUUCAUAUCUAUUUCUAUUUAUCAUCGUGCUAUCCAUUUGAUUGUUGUUUCGCGUAAUAUUUAAUAAAAAACAUUUUGAUAUUUAAUAAUUAAACGUAGCACCGAUUUUGAAUAAUAAAAAAUAUUGAGAUCUUAAUGGAUUCGGCUAGCGGCGGCCAUUUUGGCUGUGAUAUUGGCGUUUUGUGGAAAGUGCGCAAACGCAGACUAGAUGAAAGUUAAUAAUUUCUUUUGGAUUUGGGGUUUAUUAAGUGUUAGUUUAUCUUAAUAUCAAACAUUCAUUUUUUGGUUAACGAUAUACGUACGAUGUAGCAAUUGAAUCAUAAUAAUCGAGAUAAAUUAUUAUAUUAUACGAAACGCUCAGAUAUUUGUGUGGUACCUUAAAUAUUGGAAUAUAUUUUGAUUGAUUUAAUUUAGUAGAUUUAUGUAAAGCUAAAAAGAGGGUAGAUUAGGAGGUCGUAUCAAAAUUUGACGAUAGCGGGGCAUUCCCGGUCAUUGGUUAAUUUUAGGUGUUGAUACUUUAGGUAAUGUUAAGUGUUUGGGGAUGGAAGCGAGGCGAUGGAAUGGGCCGCCGCUGCCGCCCGCGCACCCUAGCGAAUUGUGCUCUCAUUCAAACUUAGGACUAAGUAGCGAAGUCUUUAUUUUUGCAUGUAGUUUUUUUAACGAACCCCGGUGUCGUUGCGACGGCGUGUAAUUUAAAAUAGGCUUAGCAGUAUUAUAUCGUCGUAUCUUUUAGGAGAAAAAUAAAUCUUCGUUUUAAGUACUUUUAUUGUAACUUCAGGCUACCUCAUGGUGUCGUGUACUAAAUAAUGCCAGUUAGUUUACCCUCAUCUCGGGUUUGUCUAUGGAAGAGGAAGGUUGUGGACGCCUCUUUGGUGGACGACCGCCAUCUUCCAGCUAGAUCGACUCGUAAUCUCUUAUGUCUGUAAUCGCUAGAUAAUCUAUGCAGGUUAGUAAACAUAUUGGAACUUAAAAUUUAGCACUCGUUGGAACGCUCUAGUUAAAUAUACACGGACUAGUGUGGAUUGAUAUAAUAUUUGAAUGAUGAAUAUGCCUUAUGAUAUACUUUAGCAUUAAGUUGUUGUUACAAACCGUUGUGCAUAGUUAGGUGAAUUAUUGACGGUCGGUUUCUACUGAACGUUUUAAGAUGUUUACGGCUGAAAUAUUUGGUAGUUAUUGACUCGUCGGGACGCAUCGACUGCUUUCUUUUGUAAUCCUCAAUAAUAAUUUUAAUUUUACAAUAUGCGCCUUAUAAAAAGAUGAUUGAUUACGUGAGAUGUGCGAGAAAUAUGAUAAAGAACUUAAUUUUAUGAACAAUUUAACAUGUGCCUAUACAAAAAUUGGGGGUAAAUUGCCAAGAGCAACCGGUCGAUGCGGUCGUUAACCGCAAUCAUAAACCAGUUCAAAUUGGUGACAUUUAAUAAAUAUAUACAUUACCUUUUUUAACGAUUAUUCUACUUAAUAAGUCAUUUAAAUUAGUAAUGAUGUUGCUAUUCGGGUAGUCGUAAUUUGGCUUCAUGCUAUGCUAUCUUUUACAAUGUUAUGCAACUCCGAUCGAUGUGAGAUUUGCCCAUGAUACCACCAAAUUAUCCAUCAGUACUAUGGCUAGGAUCACUAAGAUGUAACUUUUAGAUUAGUAAAUAGCAUAAUAUAGCAAUUGCAUAACGAUAUUAUUAUGCAACGGGAACGCAAAAACAUAAAAGACAGCACCUAAACAAUGUAUACCUCGGCUAGAUUAGACAUAUCACAGAAUCAAUAGGUGUAAUCCUCGCAUACAUCAUAGUUGUUCGAUAAUUCUGCAGUAGUGUUCAGUAAAUAUAAGAUGCAAAUCAGUCAAUUUACUCAAUUUGCUAAAAUAGAUAAUAAAUACAAAUAGUGCAUUGUAAUGUUCGCUCGUUGUCGAAUAUUAAUUUAAAGCUGUGGUUACACUACAGGACGAAUUGAUUGCCAAAUAUUUUGCUAAAGUUUGAUGAAAAAUCUUGACUUCGUGACAAAGUUUGAUGUACUGUUGAUAUUCCUCAAUUUGCAGGGCACAAAGCGAAAUUGCACCGUCACGCUUAGGUCAUUUUGUCCUGUAGUGUAUCCAGCUAAGAGUAGGCGCACACCUUUAAUUUUUAGUCGGCCGAUAGUUUAGUCGGGCAGUUGAUCAGUAUGGGCAUGUAUGGGAGUGCGCACACUACGCCGAUUCGAUUUGGCCGAUUCUUCAUACAAUUUAAAAUCGGGCACAACUAUCGGCCAACUAAAAAUCAACGGUGUGUGCCUACUCUAACAUGAACCUCGCUCAUUGCAAUUCCACAGUGUUUUCAAUGAAACAAAAAGUCUGAAUGGUUUGACCUAUUCAUUAAAUAUUUUUAAUUGCCAGUGCAAUCAGAAUUUGUAUGACAAAAAGAGCUUAUUACAAGCAUGUAACCAAAACGGUCGAAUACCUGGUCAGAUAAAACUUCAGUUUAUGACGGGAACAUUGUUGGCCAUAGCAACAAGACAUAAUGAACAAAAAUAACCUUUAAUCUCCAGUUUUCAAAGUAGAUUACUCCUUGUGUUCUACUUGUUUGUACACGAAGAAAAUCAUACGUGUUUCUGUCCAGAAUGAAAUGUAUUAUGUUACUGUCAUAUCUGUCGCUAGUAACCGAAUACAGCGAUGUGGUUUUAAUUAUGAUUUAUUAGAUCGAGCAAUCCAGGUCAUUUGUAGACUUGGUGGUGGCCAGCCAUGCUGAAAAUUGUGGCUUGAGUCCAUUUUAUUUAUUAAAUACUUUGACACUUUCUGUCAAGUAUUAAUAUCAGAUGAAAAGAGACAAUACUGUUUAAAUUAAAUGGUGUUUUAAUACUUUAUUUUACACACAAGGAAAAUCUCUCCCUUGUUCUAAUCAGAAAACUUCAAUUUGAAUUAAUUAAUCAAUCCAUCAGUGGACUUAAAAAAUCAAUACAAACUUCCAUACAAGCUCUAUGAAGAAACAAAAGUUUUGAGAGCAGAGACAGAGAAAAAUGAAGACUAAGAGGUGAUUUUGUUGUUUAUGGUCAGUCAAUAUUCACCAAUAUCCGUACACACUGCCAAUAAGUAACUAGACUGAUUGCCUUAGCCAUAGAUAAGAGAAACCGCGAUACAUUAGUGAAUCACGCCAGAAAUGCUGUCUAGCUAUUAAUACAAUUUAGAACCAAGGCAUAGACAUUAUUAUCUGAAGUAAUUGUAUUACUAUUGACUUAACAUAAUUAUCGGAUUUAAACAAAAUAUUUGCCAUCAAUUGAUUAGCAAUAGUUCAAUAAAAAUACAGUCCUAUGCUAUGGUAUAAUAAUUUCUUAUAGUGAUUGUAUAACAUUAAUAAAUGAAUAUAAAUAAUUGGCUUAUUUCGAUUUAACUGAAAUUUGUAUAUUAUUUUAGCUAAAUAAUCCAUUAUUUAUUCAAUUAUAGUACAGGCUUUCGAUGCGCUAUUAUUCUAUCACUAUCAAAAAUUAUCUAUAAUUAAAAUAAUUAUCUAGCUAGCUUAUAAUAUUUUGUCAAUACGUUCUAAAAUUGUUCAUACACGUAUUAAUUAUCAUUUAAAAGCCUUGAAUAUGUAGUUUACGUUCCAUAGGUAAGUAUAAAUUAUAUUCCAUACUUCUCCAUACCUGAUCAAUACUACAUACUCUCAGUAAAAUACUUCCAAAGAAUUUACUUCCGACGAAAUGAAAAAAUAUUUUAUUACAUAUUACGUUUACGGCGAGAAAGCAACAAACUGUUUUAAUAUAAGUAUAUUUAAUUGAAUUAUGCAAUACACCUGAAAUUAUUCUUAUAAUAAGAACUAAAUGCAUGUUAUUCCGAAUAUACUCUUAUAAUCACAAAUAAAUGAAAUAUAAUAGCUUGUAUACAAAAUAUUACUCAUAUUGAACUUCAUAAUUGAAAAGUUUUGAAUUUAUCUGUGUAACGGUUGUAAAAUAUAGUAUGUACCUCUUUAAAAUAUCUUGUUAUAGGAUUAGUAAAUAUACACCAAUCGUACAUAUUUAAUCCAAUAAUAAUCUUAUGCAUUCUAAUGACACUGUAUUUGGACGUAUAUUUAUUUUACUAUCAUGAAGCAUUUUGAAUACAUAGUUUAACCUAUUUAUGUUAUUAUGUUUCCAGUUUCCUGUCUUAUGUUUAUUAUUAAUUUACGUCGCAACCGAAAUAUAGAAAACAGAUUUAUUACAAUUAAGUUUAAGAAUCCAUUCUGAUAAGUUUAUUUUUGUUGUUUUUUGUAAGUAAUAAAAAUAACCGCAAAGACAAAAUAUUAACUAUCUAUAUGAAUAGUUUUAGUUUAAUAUACUAUUGAAUAUGCUGCGAUUACUAUUAUUAUAUCUCAUAUUUCACCAAAAUAUCGAAGUGUGAAUUAAGUAGAUUAAUUACCUGGCUGAUGGUAUCUGUAACCGAAUAUGCUUCCUAUGUAGUGCUAAAUAAGAAGCUAAAAUAAAUAUACCGUACUAAGUUCACUAGGUACACGAGAUCCGUUUGUGCAAUGUACAUAUUAAUAUCGCCGUUUAUUUAUGUGUAAAGCGUAAAUAGAUCGCCUUAGUCCAUUGUAACUUACUUUGACAUAAGUUUUGUUGAUUUUAUUAUGGAGUAUCCAGACUAUUUGACAUUUUGUGAAUGUUGCCAAGAUGUUUUAACUUGUAUGUUAUUAUUAUUGAUUAUUUCAACAAUUACAUUAAGAUACAGAUUUGAUUUAUUAAUUAAUUUAAGUGAGAUUAAUGUUAAUGAUCGUUUUGUUUUUAGUAAAAAUGGUAUAUUCGUGUAGGCGUCUCGUGAAACUAAUUUUGAGCGAGUUUAUCUUCAAUGAAUUUCCCAGAUUCAGAUGUACGAUUUUAUUUUUAUUAAAUACAGACAUGAACAGAAUGUCAAUAAAAGGAUUGAAAACUCCAAUGAGGCGUAUCUAUUUUUCAAGUAAUCUACCAAAUAAUACUAUUAUGAAUGGAGUUAGUGUAGGUAUGUUAACGCAAUGUUAUGUGAAAUAGUUACUAAGUUAUAUAUAUAAAAGGAAUAUGUUAGCCAUAUUGGUAAAUUAAUACAUAUUGUAAAGGGUCAUGAAACACUCGAGUCUACAUACAAUAGUUCCUUUGUCAUGUGUCAUUUUAUAAUAUAAUCAUACGAGUAACGGAAGUACGAAUGGGUAUUCAUUUAUAUAUUGUAUAAAUAAUUUACCGAUCAAUUAAUUUGCUAUCUCAAAUAUGAUUUUUUUAAUAAACAUUUACAUACGAUGA